AUGGAUAGAAAAUUUCAAUCAGACGACCAAUGGUACGCUUCUCCGCUUCUAGAUUUACAAUUAUGCAAAGAAGAUCUUCUGGAAUGCAGAGAAACUGCAGAAGGUUCGGAAUAUUGUCGCCAGAAACAAAAAUAUUCACAAUCUCAGUUUCCAGAUACGAUCGAUAGAAGUGACGAUGGGACUGAGUUCGAAACAGAAAAAGACAAGGAAAGAGAAUUAUGGUACGACAACCUGACGUCUGUUGACGGCGUAACGGAAGAGGAGGCAACAGAAGUUAUUGAUGAAGUUUCAAAGUAAGAUUUUACUCCAGCUCAUUCGUUUUUUAAGUUGGUGCUAUAUUUCAGCCUGGACAUGUUUCUGGAAAGCUCGACAGACGUUUCUACUCGAAGAUUAGAUGAUAUGAAAGGCAACAAGAAACUUCUGGAGGAAUCAAAUCUGUUCACACACAAGUGAGUCGAUUCUGGAGCUGACUGUGACACCGCAAGCUUUCAGAAAUAUUGUGAAAAGAAACGAAUUCAUGAAUUCGUCAAGACAACGCAAAUCUGCUUACGUGACGUCACUUAAGUAUGACAAAUACGUGCUGGAGGGCGCUGAAAACACGAACGUAAAUCAGCCUGAAUGGCUUGAAUAGAGUAAUUUAUUGCAGUUGUUCCGUCCGCAGUGCUCGAUGUCUUCCAAAUGCGCCGACGACUUUGUCAUAACUGUAGACGCGCUUUUCCCGAACAACCGCAUGCUCCAGUCGAUGGAACUACGCAGUUCUCGGCUUCUGAAACCUGCGAGCAAGUUCCUACUUCGAGGAGAUACCACCCUUUUUGAUCUCCGCCGAAAAUUGGUAAAAUUAUUCGAUGACUCCAUUCGAAAUCAAAUAAUUUGCUUUCAGUGUUGCAUGAGUGAUACCGUAGUCCCAUUAGAUAACGGCGUGGAGCUCGAGCCGCCGAAUCUGGAUAUGUCGACGGCUUUCCGAUAUCCCUCCUCGUUCAUUUUCAUUCAUGAUACUUUCUAUGUGGAUUCAGCUGCUGAAAAUGCGCAGGACAUCUCCUUGUAAGUAGUUCAUAAUGCUUUCUGUAAAAUUUAUUUCAAUUAAAGCCCAAUUCGAAAUUUCAUGCAACAACGAAAGAUUUUCGACCCGGUCGAGGCGCAGAAAAUGGAAGGCGUCAAGAUUUCUGAUCUCAAAUUGAGGUACUAUCGCUUUCCAGUUUAUCUAAUUUUCGAAUAAUGCAGAUUAGGUCUGCCGUACGUCUUCCAGCAUUCUGGAAACUGUGAGCACCUUCUGGUGUUCCACGAUCUGAGACUGUUGCAUGAAUCGGACCCGAAAGAACUGGAAAAGUAUCCGUACACUUUGUUCGAAAAGGGAAGCGAAAGACGGUGUGAAAUUUGUCGAAGAAGUCAUGUUGAGUAAGUGAUUUUCACUUCCUACGUUUAUCUUGAAACUUUCUUCCUUUCAGAUUCGUGGUCGAGCAGCACGAGCUUCUUCCCUUGACCUUCACCUUUUUCUGUCGUUCCUGCUUCCAAGAGUUCAAUUUUGUGCACGGCGUCAAGACGCAUUCGUUCCGUGCGUGGCCAUACACGGAAUUGCAGAAUCGAGAUCAAAUGGAUUGGCCUUCCGAAGAGCGGGACCAUGAUAUGCAGAGCAUUGUAUAA